AUGGAGAGGGCGGCGUCGAUACUCUUCUCGGGCGUCCGUUUGGACCGGAAGAAGUUCGCCGCGGACAUCGCCAUUUUCAAGGCAAGAGAUGAGGCGACAGUCUCCCUUCAAUUCCUCGAACUUCUCUCUAGACGUUUGACGAAUGUGAUAUGACGGUGGGUUUCUUCGCUUGCCUUCACAGAGAGGCGAGAAAGGAGAAGGCGUUGGAGGGGACCACACAGCCAUCUUGGAGCCCAAAUCGUUUGAACGGAAGGAGGAAGAGGAGGUAACGGCAGCAGAAGCCCCAAAGAAUAAGAAGCGAAAGCGGGGGAAAAAGGAUCUUGGUGCGUGGUUACCUUUGUGUAAACUCUUCUUUCUCUUAUUGUAGUUUUUUUAUUUCGUCUGUUGGUCCAACGUUGUUCCUUGACAGUGCGUCUGGCCUUUAUUGUUCUUAAUUUGAUUUUGACUGCCCUCAGAGGAAGCCGUGGAUGGAUUCAGCUUGUUCGGAAAGUCGGAGUCUGUUGUUUCUUCUUCGUCUGAUGGCAAGAUGAAGAAGAAGAAGAAUCUCUCUGCAAAGGAAAUCGAAGAGAGGAAGCAGAUUGAAAGGCAGAUUGAGGUCCUUAACCUGUGACUAUCCUGGAAUUCUGUUUCUUUUUAUUUUCAUUUACGCUUUUUCGGUGGUUUAAGUGAUAACAACAUUGAAAUUACAUGUUUGUUUUCAGCAUGACUCAAUUUUGCGUAAGAAGCAUGGUAUUCACGUCUCUGGGCAUGGCAUUCCAUCACCAUUGGAGAGCUUCGAGGAAUUAUGCUCGAGGUAUUUUCAGUUUAUCAGCUCUAUCUGAACUUGAUAUGACUGUAUGUCAGAUGUACAAUCACCUGUUCUUUGAGGAACUUCUAAAGAAAGGCAAUUCCUUUUUUCCAAAUUGAAUACCGCUUAAAAUUAUUCAUUCGUAAUUAUUGUUUUUCUCCUGGAUGUUUUCUCGUUUUUCUCUGGAUACAUACUAGUAGGAGACUUAGAAUUCCCUUUCAAAAUCAAUGAAACCUUUUUGAAUCCUAAAUAGGAUAAUAUUUUUUAAGAAGAAACUUCAGAGGUGGCUGAAAAUUCUUAUUUUUUUAUUAAGAGUGGCUUUUCUUUCUAAUCGACACCAAUUUCAUUUCAUGAAUUUCUGAUGAGCAAGUAGCUUCUGCUCCAGACCUCAUUAAAAUCAUUUACAACAAGAUAUUUUAAUCUUUCUCUAUCUGCUCGACAUGAACUUGGAUCCAUAUUAUGUUGAACAAUCUCCAGAAAGGAAAAUAUUGUAGUGGAGCUUUAUAAACACAUUGCAGAGAUAGAACAUCUGAUGAUGGUUAUUACUGGCUGUGAAACGCAUUUUUUCAGCUUUUGGCUUGGAAAAACUGCUAUGUCAAGCUUGGGCACAGAAUCAUGCUGGUUCCUAUUCGAUUUCGAGAAUAACCUUUUGUGGCCCUAUGUAAGCCGUAGCUGGAUAUGUGCCCUAGGCUUCAUCAUACCUUAGAUCUUUUUCAAAGCAGAAGCUCUCAGCUUUCUUGAGUGAGGGAAAUGGGCCACGGAAUGUAGGGUUUUGGACUUAAUCAUAGGUUCACCAAGAAUAAAGGCAAAUGAGUACUUGCUUUUGCUAUCCUUGUAUUUUUGUGUAUGUUGGAAUGUGAGGCUUCUUCAAAAGAGGAUAUCAUGAAAAAAUCUCUCACCCAGUGACAUGAUUGUCCCUUCUUUCCUAGAUUAAAUUUGUUUUAUUUCUGUGGCUAUUACUUGGCAUCUUUAGUAGCAUGUUUUCAAUGUCUUAAUGUUUCUAUGUUUUCACCAUCACCAAUUUUCUUUUUUCUUUUUGCGCAGGUAUGGCUGUAAAUCAUUUUUGUUGCGCAAUCUAGCUGAACGUGGCUUCAAGGAACCAACACCUAUCCAAAGGCAGGCUAUCCCAGUGCUUCUCUCUGUAUGCUAUUCUGUUGCUCUUCUAUUUUUGCCUAACUUUUUUUUGCACUUUUUGUUUCUUUUUUUAUGGAUUUGGCCUCCUGAAUCUUUAAUCUAGUGUAUCCAUAUUUUUCGUGUUUCUCUGUUAUUUUUGUUCAACUCGUCACCUAUGGCCUACUCAUUAUUAUUUUAUUCUACUUAUUACUGGCCAACGUUUUUGUUUUCUUUAAGGGCCGUGAAUGCUUUGCAUGUGCCCCAACUGGUUCUGGGAAGACGUUGGCCUUUUUAUUGCCUCUAAUUAUGAAACUCAAGGUAAGAUCUAUUGAAAUUUUUUAAACCGACUACUUGAUUUUGUGAAGUGAUUACUUGACUCGGUUCCUCUUUUGAUCAGCAUAGGUCUAAGGAGGGUUUGAGAGCUAUUAUUCUUUGUCCUACAAGGGAGCUAGCUGCGCAAACUACUAGGGAGUGCAAAAAACUUGUAAAGGGUAAGAAAUUUUACAUCAAACUGAUGACCAAGGAGCUCUCCAGAAGCAAUAAUUUUGAAAAAAUGCACUGCGACAUUCUUGUAUCCACACCUCUUCGUUUGGAUUAUGCUAUUGAGAAAAAGAAGCUCGACUUGAGCAGGUAUGUUUCUUGACUCCGAUGGCAGUCUAAUAGUGAAUAUGCUCAACAAUUUUUUGAAUUCGGAAGCUUUUUGUCAGCAUGAAGGGACUUUUUAUUCUUAUUUUUCUUGGGAUUAUAAGAAAGCUAUCAACCGAGCCUAGAUGUACAAUGAACUAGUAUUUUGAAACAAUUUGGGUAGUACCUUGACUCUGAUGGUACUUUAGCCUGAGUUCCCAUUUGUAGUAUAUCCUUGGUACACUAGCACUAUAAUUAUGAUUAUACCUUAAUGUUUGAAAAUAAAAAUAACAGCUUUGGUGCUGACAAGAUCUGACAAUUUUGUUAGUAUCAAGGCUUUUAAAGAGAGCAAGGUGGUGGAUCACUAAUUUAUUUUCUUGGCAACAUAGCAAGUCACUAGGUGUUGCCGAGAUGAGAUCUAAUUUUUGUAGAAUUUAAGAUCAUUAUUAACUUUUACUAAUCAUCAAGUAUGGAUUUCUACAUUGUAUUGGUUUCAAUCAAACUAGUGAUCUCUUUAAAUGAUCCUCACUCUGUUAUAUAAUAUUUUUCAGUAGAAAGAUUAUUUUAAUAUUUUAAUGUAAAUUAUAGUAGAAAAUUUGUUUCAAGGAUAAAAAAUAGUGACUGAUACAGAUUUCAUAGUUGAAUGUGAAAGUAUAUGUAAGAAAUAAAAUUAUUUAUUUACUUAUUUAAUAUUGAGUAUUUAUUUAUUUGAUUGGCCUAUGCAAUCCUGCACAAGUGAUUCACACUAUUCAAUAUUGUACGUUGUGAAAAUGCAAUCUCAUGUAAUAGGACUCAAUUGUCGACCAUGUAUGCUGGGCAGUCACCUGUAAAUGGCAGAUCCUGCUAAUCAUGUGAUGUGUUGACUAUUUAUAAUGUUGUUAUAAAUGGUGUGUGCUCUUUGAUUGCAUUUGCGAUCCUGAUCAAAUAGGAGGUUUCAGCACAGUGAUUGUGACUAAAAUUCUAGCCAGGCAUUUUCUGUAGCAACUUAGGCAGACUGAGGCAUGUACUGGCCAAAUGGGGCUGAUUGGUGUCAAAUUGGAUAGAUAAAAGAAGGGUAUGUGUCAAUUGGUCUCAAAUUGGAUCUGACAUUUGUUACUAGUUGUUGUUGGCUGUUUAGCAUUAAGUUAGGUAUGAGCUUUGUUGCAAGGUGUAAUUCAACAAAUAGAGACAGAUAUGGUGAUAUUUUUUUAGGACCGAGAUUUUGGCUCAUGUUUUUGGCUAAAAAGCAAUGGCAGCGUAUGCCAUAUUCUAACGAUUCGAAGUGGCUGUUGUGGGAAACGUUCCAGGUUCAUAUGAUGAAUAGCACGACAUUCUUAUGUUUGAUUGGGUAGCGAAAAUCGAGACCUUCUAUAUGUUUGAUUGAGGCACUUGGGCUAUCUUUUAUUUUUUGCUUCACGAUGAAAGGUGGAAAAGUGAGGUUGCGAGGACAUAGCGUGGGAAGAGUCAUUGGAUAUGUCACCGUAACUCACUUAUUGGGUCACAUAAUAAGUCACCAAAUGAAUUUCUCUGUUGCAAUGCGUGGAUCAUCACAUGCUAAGGAUUAGAAGUUUGUAAGCCAGGCUUAGUGUUCAUUAAAUACUCGUCAAUUUGGACAGUUAAAAGGAGGGCACUACAUAUUUGAGGAUACGAAAGCAAGUGAUGUAAUCUGUUCUUAUUUUUGUGGGUUAUAAAAUGAAAAAGGAAUAGAAGCUGACUUGUUGAAUGAUAGGAGAACGCUGAUUUGUAUUCUCAGUUGCCUUUUUUAUUUAAAUAUACAUAUAAAAUAUUUAUUUCUCUUAUAGAAAAAUGCUCAAUGCUUGUAUGAAUACCUGCUUACAACUUGAAUGAUCUACAAUGGUGGCUUCCAGAGUAGAGUUCCUCAUUUUGGAUGAAUCGGAUAAGCUGUUUGAGCUCGGUUUUGUGGAGCAAAUCGAUUCAGUGGUCAAAGCUUGCUCAAAUCCGUCAAUUGUACGAUCUUUGUUCAGUGCCACCUUACCCGAUUCUGUUGAAGAACUUGCACGAUCAAUAAUGCAUGAUGCUGUUCGAAUCAUAAUUGGCAGAAAGUGAGAACAAACUACCUAUUCAUGAAAGUACACUCUAGUCUACGCCAUUCACCCGUGCCUCAUUCAAAUGAAUCUAUUUGGACAGGAAUUCAGCUUCAACAUUGGUCAAACAAAGUCUCGUGUUUACUGGAACUGAGAAGGGGAAGCUCAUUGCUCUACGACAAAAUUUUUCUGAGGUAUGGUUUUAAUGGUUAAUUUUUAUGGGCCAUUGACAUUGUUUCUGCCUUUGAAAUUCUUGAAUAUUUGAACUGCUGUUUGCUAUGGAGAAGAAUGUGUCCUGUAGGUUCUCAUUUUAUUCUCAAAAUAUAUCCAAUUUAUUUUGUUGAGAAUUGUGGGUUAUGUCGACUGUGUAUGUCAUAUGAUGUAUACGUUUGAUCUUAACUUUCAUUGUAGGCUUUUGCAUCAAAAUUAUUCCAGAAUUGAAAAUUUUAGUUAUCAAUAUCUAAAGAUUUAUGUUCUUAGGAAAACCGUUAUAGAAGUCUUUGACUUUUGUGUUUGAAAUAUUGAGAUAAUACUAUCAAUUGUGUCCUUGAGCCAGAUUAGACCUGAGGCUCAGGGUUUUCACUGAGCUUGGACAUUAGAACAAACAUGGGAACAAAAUUAAUUCUGCCUAAAUGGUCUGCAGUGGUCUAGCUACAGCCAUAGGGCCCACCUCAGUCCCUCUUGUGGCGUGCAGGCCCUCACUUUCUCCCUAGCCUAGCAGCCCCUUUUCCCAGUCCCCUUCCUCCGCUCUCCUCUGGUGCAGCCCUCCCCCCUCCUCACCCCGCUAUGGUCCUGUUGGGCUGGGAAGUCGAGGUUAUGAGAAGGUGCUUGGGUUGGGCUUAGCCUUUCUUUCCUCAAGAAAAGCAGAUAGCAUGGAAUUUGUAAAUCUUGCAAUUUUCAUUUCUCCUUCAGGGACAAUUGAUAUUUCUAUAAUUUUGUAAUCAAUGUGAUGAAUUUUCCUAUUUCUAUGUAAAACUGGAUGUAGAUAUGAGUUGCCCUCUAUUUGAAUUUUCUCAUUUGUUCUUAUUUAUUAUCUUCGCCUCUGUGAAAGGGAGCCUCUCAGUCACCUGAGGAAAAAGAUUUCUGCAGAAAAAUAUGAUGUUGGAGGACCAAUGUAGAGCAAUGAGCUUGUCGUAGAGCAAUGAGCUUUUUUUUCAUUGGUCAAACAAAUUGCUCGUGUUUACUCUGUUGAGCCUUUUUUUUCAUUUUUGACGAAUAAAUAUCCCCAAGAUUGUUAAUUUUAUUCUCUUAAUUUGCAGUCCCUGAAUCCUCCCAUACUAGUCUUUGUCCAAAGCAAGGAGCGAGCUAAGGAACUGUAUAAAGAACUGGUAUUUGAUAAUAUCAAGGCCGACGUCAUCCACGCCGACUUGAAUCAGUUUCAGGUAUCUUACUUUGAUUAAUGGGUCUGCCUCUCUGUCUAGGCUAUUGCAAUCCAAUUCAAAUGACCAAUAACACUUCUUUCUCCAGAGAGAAGCCGCAGUUGACAACUUCAGGGCUGGCACCACGUGGGUCCUAAUUGCGACCGACGUGGUGGCCCGAGGCAUGGACUUUAAGGGGGUCAACUGCGUCAUCAACUAUGACUUUCCUGAAUCCGCUGCUGCAUACAUCCACCGUAUAGGUAAAGAUUAUGACUGUGUAAUACUGCAUAAAAUGUGCUUAUUCAGUUGCUUGAAAGGCUUUGGAAAUUUUCUCAGUCAUAUAGCUAUUUUGGGUUUUUGGGUAUGAACACCCAAGGAAAGGGGGUUUUGGGGGGUGGCGGGGGGGGGGGGUGGCUGGAGCGAGAAGCGGGGAAAUGUGGGGAGCCCACUGAGAAAGAGUGCAGGGCGGGUGGCUAACAGAGCGCCUGAGGCUCACCAGGCCUGUUCUCACCCAUACCCCUGCCUGGUUCCUGGUAUUCAAGCUUCUGAUGCAUCUGUGUUGCUCAUCAGGGUACUAGAUUUUCUCCUUUAAAAGAGCUCUCAUCUCCUAUGCAGGUCGAUCCGGAAGAGCAGGGAGGAAAGGGGAAGCUAUAACCUUAUACACCGAGGAAGAUGUCCCUUUUCUGCGGAAUGUGGCUAAUGUGAUGGUCGCAUCGGGGUGCGAGGUCCCAAAGUGGAUCCUCUCACUUCCCAAGCUCAGGCAGAAGAAGCACCGCCCUCAGCGAGACUCCAUCUCCACGCUGUCUAAUGGACAAGAAGAGUAG